CGACCAGUGGCAAUGGGUUCUUAUCAUUCUUCACAAGCUGUUAGUAUCGCUUCAAACACUCGCGAUGAUUGUGUUACUGUAGAUGGUUUCGUACUAGUUCCUAAUAGUAAUGAUCUGGAAGAAUUGCCGUCACGAAAACUAAGUGAUGUUCGUGGAUUUAACGAUCAGGUUGCCAGCCCUCGAUCGAUAAAGCUACCACCUGCACCUUCUCGACCAUUGCUGGCCAUAGAUGCUCCUUUAGGGAAAUCGGAGAUGAGUGUUAGCUACUCCAAACUCAGACAGGCACCUGAAAUUCCCCACAAGUCUGCAAGAAAUGAAGACAUGCCUUCUGUGACAACCGUCAGUAAGGAGAUGAACAACUUAACAGUAUCGCCCACUUGUGGCCAUACAGAACUCACCUACCUUACUGGAGUUCCAUUAAUUCUAUCGGAGAGGCUAUGCAGUCCAGCUGAUAUCACUCGCAUGCAACAGUUAUCUGUUCCACACUUAAAAGAACCACGCUGGCAAGACCUUUGCUAUGACUACUCUCUAGAAAGGAUGCUUGUGGAAGAAGACAACAUGGAGUCUACGGAUGAAGAAUCGAGUGAAGACUCGUAAGGUGAUUUUGUCCUCGCCAUUAAAGUCCUGUGACCCGGAAACAAACCAAAAUAGCUAUUCAUGCUUCAUACGGGUGUAUGGAGCAAUUUGUAAGUGGUGAGUCCAUUUGCAUCAGUUAUCAUGUUUAUUAGUUAUGUGUGUUUGCAAAGUCAUGCAAUUAUUGAUAUCUGUUGCAUAGAUGCAAGGAAGAACAUGGAUCUAUUCUUACUUGGGAAUGUGAUGAAGAUAUGCUCUCCUAGAUAUGGCUAAACCAGGGUAUAAGCCAGGAUUGAGCAAGUAUGAGUCUCAAAUGACUGGAACAAAUUGUGUCUUAGAAAUGUGAGUGGCAAAGGCACUCACCUUCUCUCAUGGGGGGUCUGGGGAUAUGCUAUCCCAAUUUUUUUUUUACAAAAAUUAUAGAUUAUAAUUAGAUAUUCUGAAUAGUAAAAAAGUGUUAUAUUUUGACAUUUUUGUACAUUCAGAUACCUUACUUACUACCUUCUUGAGGAUAUUUGAAAUUCUGUUAGACAUUCAAUCAUGGCAGUGCAUAGAUGCAGAUUUUAAUUGCGGUUUUAUCUUAGAUUUUUACAGAUUAUUUAGAAUAGGACAUUGACUUUUUUUUAAAUGAGUCAAGUAAAAAAGUACAAGUAAUAAAAAUCGUGCAUAUCAUACAUUUAUUCACUGAAAUAAAUGUAUGUCUGCCUUCAGCAGUAAAAUUGACUACCUAGUACGAAAGUAGGCCGUCAGAAAGACGAUGAGACGGCUCGUGAGGUAAUACUCUGGGCUAAACGUUACAAUCUCAAUCCCACCGAUGCAUUAUUGAGCAUUUAGUGAAUGGUAUUCUUUGUGUUCUCAAAAUGGAAUAGCUUUUCUCAAUCACUGUUUGAAAAAUAUUUUACACUAUGAUAGAACUUCAUCUCAACAUCUGAUGACUUUUUUAUGAUGAGAAAAGUGAUUAGUGAUAUAAAGCAUUAAUGAUUAGUUCUAUAUAUUACAUUUUUUUUUAUUAAGUUAUACAGAUGUAGGUUUUAAAUACCAAUCGAUAACGUUGCUAAGUGAAGCGUAUUCACUUUAUCUUUCGAUGUGAGUACAUAUUAAAUUGGUUCCAGUGUUGGAAACAGGACCCUUCCCCCAGUCAGGGACUGGUAACUUAUAAGCAGGACUGUCUAAUCUUUAUGGAUUUUACUGUAGGUUUAUGUAGUAGAAAUCAAAGUUUAUGAAAUUAGGACUGGCUUGGUUUUGCAAGACUGGUAAUUCUGUGAUGUAGUUGUGAGCCUAAUUAAAGCUCACCAUUUCUUUGAUGAGUGAGUUAACAUAAGAUAACCUGGCUUAUAUUUUAAACGGUGUUAUAUUUCGGUUUGUAGCUCCAUGCCGAACUAAACGCUUUCUCUGGUUAAUUGUUGCUCUCCUCGACAUAUCCUCGCUAUUCAACAUUACAGUGUACUCCAUUAAAUUUCACUAUUGAGGUUUUCUAACUGUGUGCAGUCACUGCAGUGUCUGUUGGGCUUACACGAAGGGCAAAAUAGCCAGGCUUAAAUUUAUUUGUGCUUGUGGACUUAACUUUGUUUACAUGAAUUAUAAAGGUUUUAGUGCUUGUGCUUAGCAGCAAUUUAAAUCAAGUAUUAGCGAUAGAUUUAUUUAACGUUUUAUAUUUGGAUAUAUAUAUAUAUAUAUAUACACGUUUUAGCAAGUAGAUCAUUUUUGUAACCAGAAACACAACUAACUUUAACGAGUAUUUCAAUGAGCUUUACCAAUGUCGCAGUUAACCUGUUUUUGUAUAUUUGUCCUUUACGUGGUGUCGUCCCUGUACCACACGUGGCUGACAUAGCCAAUAAUGGUUUUGUUAACCGUUGCUAUUAUACGCCUAUACUACUAUAUAUAUUUAAUUGUCAAAAUAAGCAUUUGGCACUAUUAAAUUAUAGUCAGUAUCAUGAAUUGAGUAAUUAAUAAUACUGUGAGAAUGUGUUUAUUAAUGAGUAUAAUAAACAUAACUUAAAGUAUUUUAUGGAGAUUAAGGUCUUCGUGCCGUACAGUGUGUCGAGAAACUAGAAUUGUAAUGUAGUGGGUAAUUCAUUCGCGCUUCCACAGAAUAUUUUAAGUGGAACUUGUGAAAGUAUUUGUGUAUGUAAAUAUGUAAUAUGUAAUGUAUGUGUGUAUCUAUGUAAAUUUGUACGAGGACGACUGUGCAUUCUGUGAGUGUGAAAAUAAAUAUUCGUAUAUUUUACGUAUAUAUAUAUAUAGGUGUGUGUAAUGCGUCUGCUUUGCGCAUGGAUGUAAUACGCGAUGAAAUGUGAAACGCGACGAUUACCGUUUAUUACGAAAAAAAAUUAAUGAUGAUGAUAAUUCAAGAGCGGAUAUAGGGGAUGGGUGGGUGGCUGACUGUACACCAAUGUUUGGCUAGAAUAUUUAGUUCAAGCGUACGAUAUGUCCUAAAGUCCUAAACAAAAAUAGUAUUGCAGGGCUGGAUGGUAUAUACUGCUGCACGUUGUUUCAUAACAUGCAUGGAACGGUCGUACUAUUGCUCGUUCUUUAGAACAGCGAGCGCUUUUUUGUAGCAUUGAGCAUUAACUACUUCUAAAUGUCAACGGGGCAUUUUUACUCCAUCUAGAGAACAAGUGCAUCGCGACACAAAACUAAGUCUCAGUAAACAACUGCGUGUCGCCGUGCCAUCCCAGACUAUUCCUCACACACGCAAACACGUUGCGUAUGAAUACGACUCACGCAAUCACACACGCACGUGCAAAUACAGAAUCAUACACUUACAAUGUUUUCUGUAAAAUUAAAACGUUGGACUGUUUCCAGAUUUUGACAUGUCGUGUGCGCGUGAAAACAAGUACAUUUACGCGCUGUCCGUACGUGGCAUUGAGUUAAUUCUAUAAUACUAACAAUAAAACUACGAAUGUA